CUGUACUGUCUCUUUAAGAGACCCGGAAACAGUUCCCUCCUGUGUGUGUUCACUGGUCACCUCCGCCAGACAGACAGCUGUGCUCCCUCCCGGGGCGAUGAUAUCCCAUCCUGCGAUCUGGGCUUUUCGAAGCAGUGUGCGGUGCUGCUGGGCUGGACACCGGGCUGUCCUCACAGCGGCUCUGAAGGCCUCGGACGUCCGCGGUCAGCGUUGCUACUCGACCCCAACUCGUGUCGCUGUCACGGGCAUGGAGGAGAUACUAGCGAGGGUCGUUGCUCCUUUACCCUCAUACGAGACCAGAGACAAGUCCCCUCCUCCUCCCGAGUCCAACAGCUUGGAGUUCAUGCACUUCUACGGUAGUCUGGACCAGGAAGACAAGCUCGGCUUCCUGACGAAGCUGUCGCAGGACUUUGGAGUAGAUCAUAAAGGCGCCUCAGAGCUGUCUGUGAGGCUGCUGGACACUCAGCUACGAGACUUAGCAACCAUCUUACAGGUUGAAGACAGGCUGCGGUACGGCUUGACUCCCCGCUAUAAGCAGCUGCUUAAUCAUAUAAGCAGGGUCGAAGGAGGAGUGAAGUUUCUGGUGGAUCUCCGAGCAGAUGUGCUUGAAAUACUGUCAUCCAAAGCUAGCGAGAGCCCACACAUCAGGGACCUGAACGGCACGCUGAAGAGCUUGCUGUCUGAGUGGUUCUCUGUAGGUCUGCUCCGUCUGGAGAGAAUCACCUGGCAGUCCCCCUGCGAGAUCCUGCAGAGGAUCAGCCAGUAUGAGGCAGUGCACCCUAUAAGGAACUGGACUGACCUGAAGCGCAGAGUGGGGCCAUACCGCAGGUGUUAUGCCUUCACCCAUGCCGCCAUGCCAGGAGAACCCCUGGUUGUACUACACGUGGCCCUCACUGAAGACAUCUCUGAUAACAUUCAGAGUAUCGUCCGUGAGUUCGCCACUCUUGACUCGGAGGAGGAUGUGAAUAAGAUAAAUGCAGCCAUCUUCUACUCCAUCUCCUCCACCCAGGCUGGCCUCCAAGGGGUGGAGCUGGGCAACUACCUCAUCAAGAGGGUGGUCCGAGAACUACAGAGCGAGUUCCCUCACAUGGCCCAGUUCUCCAGCCUGUCUCCGAUCCCGGGCUUCUCCUCCUGGCUCCAGGGCCUGCUCAGCCAGUACAGGAAGGAAGGCCGGGGCUCUGACCUCCUCUCUGAGCAGGAGUGGAAGGAGGUGGAACAGGCCACCGACUCAGCCCCGGGGACCGCGUCCAUCGAGGCCCUCCGCAAGCUGAUCGCCACCAGCGAGUGGACGCGCUCCGAGCGCCUGACCCGCGUCCUGGAGCCCGUCCUGAUGCGUCUCUGCGCCUGGUACCUCUACGGGGAGAAGAGGCGAGGCUACGCUCUCAACCCGGUGGCCAACUUCCACUUGCAAAACGGCGCCACAAUGUGGCGGCUCAACUGGCAUGCCGACACCAGCCCGAGGGGCGUGGUGAACUCCUGCGGCGUCAUGGUGAACUAUCGUUACUUCCUGAACGAGACGUCUAAAAACAGCGCUGUGUACCUGCAGAAUAAGGUCAUCACUGCGUCAGAGCAGGUGCUGGGGCUGGUGUCCCAAUUUCAGAAGAACAGCAAACUGUGAGAAAGAGAUGAAGAUACACCCAUAAAUACACCCUGUUAGAUGGCCGUUGAUAUCAUUGAAACAUUAACUGAUGAACUUUUUUAAUAAAUUACAUGUUUCUUUAAAUAUCCAAUUAGAAAAAAAAACUGUUUCAAUAGCACCACUGAAUGGACGAUUAUUUUUGAUUUGAAAUUAGAACAUUUCUCACAUGUCUCAUCCCAUCUUCUGUAUGUAGUGCAUAGGUUAGGCUUCUUGCCUCAUUGGGUUUCUGGUUGAAGCUGUUUGAUAUUGUGUAAGUGCCUCCCAGGCUGAGAGACUGUAGCUAAUGAAGCACAAGGCAUCUAUCAAUGCCUUACUAUGUUCCUGGAUAACAGUGUGUGUAAUGGUGAAGCAGGAGCAAUGAAGGAGUGCAGCUACUGGAAUAAAUGAUGUUUAGAUUCUUUCA